UAAAAAAAAAAAAACGAGAAAGCGCCUCAUCGAUCGCAGAGCCUCUCACAAUCUCCCCUUAUUAAUCUGUAUCGAUCCCAAAAUCGAAGAAUCAUCCAAAUCCAUACUCUUACCGGUGCUUCUUCCUAAUUCGGAAGGAGCUCUAGAGACAAUGGACGGGUUCGGGUCGAACCAAAAAACACUAGCCGUUGAUCGAUGGAUGCAGAUCGUUAACGGUAAAGGUUACGGCGUUGGUGAAUCAACAACAACACAAACCUACUCAACUCGACCCGUCUCACCAGACUUUCACCAGAGUAUCCCCCCUCCUCCGGGUGCAUCCACGACGACCGCUGCUCCGUGGAAAUUGUUCGACGCGGAAACAAAGAGGAAGAAGAGAAUCGCAACGUACAAGGCUUACGCUAUGGAAGGCAAAGUUAAAGCCACCGUCAAGAAAGGGUUUCGUUGGAUCAAGAACAGGUACUCUCAGAUUAUCCACGGAUGAUUUCAUUGUAUUCUUUGUAUUUUCCGGCGAAUCAUGCCUUAAGCCUGUCGUCGGCGAUAAUCUCCGGCAACUUUUUUGUUUUGGUGAGAUUUUCAAAGGAGUGUUUUUUGAUGAUAAAGCAAGACAACGUCGUUGUAUGAUUCAGGUCCAACACGGUCCAGAUAUGUGGCCCAAAUUAUGCAUUUUUUAACAUAUUAAUGAAGCCCAUGGAAUACUUUACUAAGGCCCAUUUAAGUUAGUACGAAUAUAUAUAGAGAGGGUUUAUUAAAUUACACGAGCAUGGGGAAGUGUGUGUUUAGUUUUUUGUUUUUAUAGUGAAAGAGAGAGAAAGACCAAAGCAAAGCACCUUCUACGCACGAUCAUAGUUUAGCACGUGAAGCCA